AUGGAAGCUCAGGCCAACCAAACCCUGAGGAAGACCCUGCUUGUCAUCAACAGUAUCAUUCUAGCUAUAGGUAACUGCGGUUCCCCACUUCUUCUCCGUCUCUACUUCGUUAAAGGAGGGAAAAGAAUAUGGCUAUCAAGCUGGUUACAGACCGCAGCAUGGCCUAUUACUUUCAUCCCUCUACUGAUUUCCUAUGUCCACCGCUGCAAAACGGAUCAAGGGCCCAAAAAAUCCAAGCUUAUUCUAAUGAAAUAUCAAGUCUUCAUCGCCACUGCUUGCAUCGGCCUCCUCACAGGCUCAGAUGACUACUUCUACAGCUAUGGGGCGGCUCGGCUUCCGGUGUCAACCUCGGCUAUUAUCAUUGCUACACAGCUUGCUUUCACUGCUUUAUUUGCUUUCCUUCUUGUCAAGCAAAAGUUUACAGCCUAUUCGGUGAAUGCCAUCGUCUUGUUGACGGUGGGAUCGGCCGUUUUGGGCUUACAUGCUAGCAGUGAUCGGCCUAAGGGAGAGUCAAAUAAGAUGUACGUUUUAGGGUUCCUCAUGAUGCUCGCAGCUGCGGCUUUGUACGGCUUGAUUUUGCCAAUGGUGGGGCUGAUGUAUAUGAAGGCGAAGCAGCCGAUUACGUAUACUUUGGUGCUGGAGAUUCAGCUGGUUAUGUGUUUCUUCGCCACUGCUUUCUGCACUGUUGGGAUGCUCAUAAACAACGAUUUUCAGGCCAUUUCUAGGGAGGCAAGAGAAUAUGAGCUUGGAGAAACCAAAUACUACAUUGUGCUUGUUUCUUGUGCCAUUGUUUCACAAUGCUUUUUCAUGGGUGCCAUUGGAGUCAUCUUUUGUGCUUCAUCGUUGCUAUCUGGCAUUAUGAUAGCUGUUUUGCUUCCAGUCACAGAAAUAUUUGCCGUCAUUCUCUUCAAUGAAAAAUUCCAAGCAGAAAAGGCUGUUGCUCUUGUCCUCUCUCUUUGGGGAUUUGUCUCGUACUUCUAUGGCGACAUUAGUAAAACCAAGUUGGAGAAGGAGAGAAAGGAUGAGAGGAUCAUUCCAUCUCAAGCAACAGAGAUGACCUAG